AUGCACACCGACCUGGAGAAAUCCUACCUCCCUAGCUGCGACGCCUGCCAGUGCAACAAGUUGCCCAUCACUAAGCCAGUCGAACUGCUAUACUUGCUCCCGAUUCGCAACGGCUGUGGCAACUCCAUCGCCAUUGACUCCAUCGGCCCGCUCCCUCCCUCGGGUGUCGAGAAGUUUGAUCUCCUGAUGACCAUCACCAACCGCACUGGGUGCAACAUCCGUGCCGUUCCCUGCCACCGCACCCUCACUGCGGAAGGCACCACACACCUGCUCUUCCGCCACUGGUAUUGCGAGAACGGCCUCCCGCUCAAAAUUGUCUCCGACUACAACACCUGGUUCGACAACCAGCUGUGGCGCACUUUCCACAAGCUCACUGGCAUCAAGCUGCUCAUGUCAUCCUCCUUCUACGCCCAAACCGACGGCACUUCCGAGCACACCAACAAGACACUCAUUGAAGCUCUCUGCCACCACGUCGAUUAUCUUUAA